AAGAGUCCAGGACAGGGAGCCGGGCAGCACACAGGGCAACACACCUUUCUGCACGCAUACGACAAAAGCAACAGCAGCAAAAAGAAGGGUCAGGAGAAGAGUGGCACACAGAGAGGAAGACAAGGGGGAAAGGACAAAGAAAGAGAAGCAGGGAAUAACUGAGAAGAUAUGGUACGCUCAUGUGAACAAGAGAUUCCUGCCUGGGUUUAUGUGGGCACCCUGCUCUUCUUCAUCCACUUCCACUCUGUCACAGUUAGUGGAGCUGCCCUGAAGCAAGAGGCAGCGUCCGACAAUGCUGCUACGGUGCUGAACCACUCGAUGAGUUUGGUGCAGCGUAUGGAGACGCUGCUGACAAUGGGUAACGGCAGUGAUGUGACUCUCCGAGUGCAGACCAUCAACACUGACGAGGUGAAGGUGAUCCAGGCCCACAGCCUGGUUCUCACCCUGCAGAGUGACGUGUUUGAGGAACUGCUGCUCACCCGCAACAGCAGCACUUUGGUUUUGAGGGAGACGCCCGAGUGUGCAGCUGUCUUCGACAAGUUUGUCAGGUAUCUGUACUGUGGUGAUAUCUCAGUACGCCUAGAUCAGGCUAUUUCUCUGCAUAAGCUGGCCAGCAAGUAUCAUGUGUGGGGCUUGCAGCAGGGUUUGACCCAAUAUAUGACACAACAUCUCUCCAGUGAUUCACCCACAGGCCACGUGGUUGGUUGGUACAACUAUGCACUACAAAUUGGAGACAUGACCCUUCGGGACAGCUGUCUGCAGUACCUGUCCUGGAACCUGUCUUCCGUGCUGCAGAGCGGAGAAUGGGGCUCUAUCAGUGAAGACCUGCUCCUCUCCUUGCUCCAGCGCUCUGACCUCAUUCUGCAGAGUGAGCUGGAGCUCUACGAGGCGCUGGAGGGCUGGAUUAACCAGAACCAGCCUGUUAGUACGACAGUGGAGACCGCCCUCAGGGCUGUUCGAUACGGCAUGAUCCCCCCUCAGCAUCUCUUCCGUCUGCAGAAGCAAUCUGCCCUGAUGCAGAAGUAUUACGAGACUAUCCGUGAUCUCCUCUAUCUUGCUUUCCAAUUCCACUCUGCCUCACCUAUCCAACUGGCCAAGUACUUUGAUGUAAACUGUAGUAUUUUCACUCCCCGUAACUACCUGUCCUCCUCCUGGGGUUCCCCUUGGGUCAUUAAUAGCCCCACCCGCGAUGACCGCAGCUUCAGCUUCCAGACCCAGCUUGGGCCCAGUGGUCAUGACUCCAGUAAGAGAGUGACAUGGAACGCCCUGUUCUCCCCUCGCUGGCUCCCACUCAGUGCCAGGUCAACCUACACUGAACUGGGUGCCAUGCAACCCACCCGCACAGACGGAGGCCGACCUCGCAUUAUUGUCACACCGGCCACUUCCAGCCCAGACUUUGCUGGUGUGAGUUUCCAGAAGACAGUAAUCGUGAUGGCAAGACAGCAAGGAAAAGUGGUGGUUCGGCAUGUCUACAACUUCCACCAAAGUACAGAGGAGGCUGGAGACUUCCUGAUGGAUGCUGAUCUGCAGCGCCGUGCGUCAGAGUAUCUAAUUGACAGCUCCCUCUAUCUGCACAUUGUAGUAAAACCUCUCUACCAUACUCUCCUUGUUGCCAGGAAGUAAAAGCAGGAAUUUGCUGUGACCUCACCAUCAGUUAUCCACCCACAGAAUCACAUGCACAUAUUCCAAAGUACACACAUAUCACAGCACAUGUGUAUGUGUCAGGUCUGCAGCAUCUCCAUUAGUUCCUGCAUUUUCUUGUCUUCCAACUAUUUAGCAAGGAGGUGUCUGGUAAAAUAAAGGACUCAUGAUUUAAUGGCUAAGCAGUGAUUAUCACAGUAAUGAUGGUGGGUUUUUCAGCAUUUCAUGCAUACUAAGAAAAAAAAAACACUUCACUGUACUGUAUUUGUUCAGGUAUUUUAUAGUGUGGCAGUUUUUCCCUUGAAUUUAUUAAAUCAAUGUGAUGGUUAAUGUUGUUUGCAUAGGUGCUAUAUAAGUUUUGCUUUGAAAUAAACUGUUAUUGCUAUUAAUUCCAUGCAUUUCCUCUUUAAGCAGUAAAAUUUAGAUUCUUAGUUCACGGCACUUGACAUACAGUUAUACACCUGUCUGAAUGUCAAAUAGCAAAAAUGUGGAAACUGAAGAGAAUCCCAUUGUCUGUGUUCCUCAACCAAUAUGUUUUUUCAGCAGUGAUAUUAAUAAUGAUUAUUAGAAAUCAUGGGGAUCAAAAACUGAUAUUUGAAAGGAAUAUAUAUUUACAAUAACAAGUGAAAUAAAUUGAAAGAAGAAAAAUAAAUAAUUGAAAGAAAAGCUUUCAUCAACUUUCAUCCUUCAGUGCUAGUAAUAGCCUAUUACAUGUGAUGAAUAGUGGUGGUUGGGGCAUUGCUUGAGAACACAGAGUGGUGACUAAAGACAAAGAGAGGCAAUGAAAUCAAGGCCACAUUAGUGCAUGUUUAAAGUAUCUUAUUUUAUCAGCAACUGGUGAAAAAAAAGAAAAAAGAGCUAAAUACCUGUAAUCGGCCAAAACGAUAUUCAGUCGACCCCUAGUUCCAUUGUGUUAUGUUGUUGACUUGUAAGACUGUAGAAACUGUAGGCUAAAUAUAGCCCUUUUACAUUUAGCUUUUUCUUAUUUAUUAUCACACAUGCAUUGUACCUAACUUCUAAAGAAACAACACCAGUAUGUGAUUUUCCUGAAAUAAAAAAAAUGUACUUAAUAAAAUACAAUAGAAUUUAAAAAAAAUCCUCUGUUGUGACCUGUAAGGGAUUUGCAAAAUAAACUUUGAUGAAACAGAA